AUGACUGAUGCUGCUACAAGCAACAUGUCCAUUCAAUCCAAUGUAUUUGAUUCAGCACAAAGCCAAGAAGUGGAUUGGAGCAUAGGUGGUGAGAAGAUGCCUUACGAUUCACCUGUCAUCCGCACGCUUAUGUCUGACUGCUCCUCAAACAGUGCGCCUUCCCCCCCUCCUUCAAAGCGGGUCCCCGAGCCCGAUGUUUUCGAUAGCCUUGAUCAGACGCUGAUGACCUCAAGCGACUUGGCGUUCCAGAAGAAGGCAAGGGAUUUAAUGAGUAAAGUAAGAACACAGAUUAUGGAAACACGGGCCAAGGAGGGUUCUCUUAAUACCAAUCUUCCAGGAUCCAUCCAUCUGCUGGAGUCCAUUACUGAUGUUGGAAUUGACAUUUUGACAUCCGGGUUGUUUCUGAAAUUGGAAGACCUGUUUGACCUAGCAAGUGAUCAAGAGCUACAACGUUUGCAAAAUAUAGCCCCUACGUUUAGUCCAGAGGAAGUGGAGAUUCACAUGCCUGCGGGGUCUGACAACAUGAUCAAUGCUUGUGGUCUUAAGGUUCAGGAUGUUGUGGAGUUCCUGAAUGGCUAUUUUAGUUUUUCUCAAUCAGCAAUUGCGUGGAAACAAGGUUUGAGGAAGAUGAUUGGUAAUUUGACCAGUGAUCAGUGGAUGAAGACAUUGUUUGCUUAUAAUUAG